UUGAUGACCUGCCGACGCAGCUCGACGUUGACCAUGAUCGGCGCAUCCGUGGAUGGUGUUGAGUUUUAAUUGUUGAUGGAGACUAUUCUAGUAGUCUGGGGUGUCUUUGGGAGGCAAGUGUCGCGACGAGAAGGACAAAGGGAGUUGGUCAAUAGCUCCGCGGUUGUCGGUGACGUCGGGGAGUGCGGAGAUCCCGGCCCGUUGUUUAUCGGCUGUAAGACCAGCCCCAACACGAAGGACAGUCAGGAAUGUACGACUAAGUAGCUGACCAGCAUGAGAAUCCGUAAUGAUUUUGUAGUUCGCAUAUAUGCCUGAGACGAAAUAUAGCUUCCUGAGUAUGGAGAUAUAACAAAAGACUAUCCUAGUGGUUCUAAGCACGCCACGGCUACUCGCGGGGUUCUACCCGAGCCAUCUGGCCCAAGCUUCACCAAUGCGCCUGGCAUCAACUUGCGAUUCCCGAGUCAAGUUUCCUCUCCGUACCACCCACCAUGAUACCUCGAUCAGCAGCCCUACGGAGGCCACUGGCUGACUCAAUCACUUACAUUCAUGCCUCACGCCCCCUUUCCACAACCGUCCCCGUACAGAAUGCUCGUACCUCGGCCCAGGAGAAACCCCCGACUCGACCCCAGGGAAUUGACCCGCGAUGGCUCACCAUGAUGAAGCGACGAAUCGGGCGGUGCAUGAUGUUUGGACUCAAGCCAGCCCAGAUUGAUGAUGCGGGCAAGGUACUCCAGCAAUUGGCUCGGGAUUGGCGUGAACUCAUUGCGGGGAGUGAGGGAUUCUUGACCGAUGAGAAGAGGCGGAGCUUGUAUCAGCACAAAGUGGUGUGGGGAGAGAUGGAUAUAAUGGGUCACGUCAACAAUGUCACCUACGUCCGAUACGCCGAGUCCGCUCGUGUGAACUGGACACGCAAUAUUGGCUUGCACAUCGACCCUGCUAACAAGGAUAAAUGGACGAAUCUGCUCAAUUCAACGGGAAUUGGCCUGAUCUUGCGGAGUAUUAAGGUUGAUUACAAGUUUCCCAUGACUUGGCCAGACAAAAUUACCGUAUACCAGAAACUAGUCCAUGACCCGUCAUCAGCUCCACUUUCCCAGUCAGCCUUUCAACUACAAGUGAUGAUUCUGUCAGAGGCCCGUCAGCGCCCCGCAGCUCGCUGUCACGAGGACAUUGUCACAUAUGAUUAUAAGAAGAAUCGCAAGACCCCUGAACUGCCACCAUUCCUCUUUGAGCAGUUCAAGGUUAUUUGGGAACUACAAGAAAAAGCAAAGAAAGAUUGGCAAGAGCGUAUUUUGGAGAUCGAGGAUCGAGUGCGGACCCUUGAGGUUGAGAGUUGGGAUCGUGCGGAUGCGGUAGAGGAUACAGGAUCAGCAUAGAAGUGUUGUUAUUAAAUUGAAUAUUUUGGACAUAUUUAGAG